GAUGUCUCCACAGCUUGCUUUCGCAGAUCCCAAACUCUUCCUCAAGUCGCUUCCUGUUGAAGAAGAUUUGCUCACGCACUUGAGUAUGCUCUGUAAGCGUGAGAGCAAGCCUGGGAACAGUGGGAGGUUAUAUACUUGUGACAAAGCAGCAGUACAGGCCUGUGAGAUCGCUGAAGGACUCGACGCGAGCAAAGAUUCUCCAGACAUGGCAGCGUGGCCAAUCUCGAAAGUUGCUGUGCUUCUUAUCGACCCGGAAAGGAAAAAAUGUCUGAUUGAACAGGCGGGUGUCUGGUCAUUCAUAGAGAAGGAAUUUGAUGAAGCAUCCAGUAGCAAUAGGAUAGCAGUCCAGAAAUCGGCGAAUAAACGAACCUGUGUUGCGGUGGACGGAACAGAUAUGUCUCAGGAACUAGCAUUGUCAGAAGUGGAGCGUAGAACAGGUAUGAAGGCCUCAAACUUGCGUGUUCUCGAAACUUUUUUGGCAUACUCACUGAGUAAAGGAAGGACAACUACCAAGUUGCUCCUUGUGGAGUAUGAGCAAGCACUGAAAGGCAACCUUGUGGAAAUUUCUCUAGAAGACUUGAUUACCAGUAUGACUGGUCCGGUCUUUGCAAAUCAUCAAGUCCUGAAAAUAACUUCUCUUGUUGAGUACUAUCACAUUCUUCCAUAUAAAGAUAUUUUGUCAGAACUCCUGCACAGGAAAUGGCCAGAAACAUUAAUUGUCCCUACAAUGAUGAACAGUGCUUUGCCAUGGCAGAAUAUGGAAGUAUUAGAAAAGUCAGGCACUUUCUCCGAAAACGUGAGUGAUCUGGUGGAAUCACUGCGGCUAAUUCAGAAAAUACCGGAUGAUAUUCUCUGCAAGGAACACAUACUUCAAAACCAUAGUGCUGAAUGUGAUAUGGACAUUCAGAGAAUCCAGAAUGAAGGGCUGAUGACAGCAAAAGUGUUGUCAGACAAGUAUAAGAAUGGUUUCCCAAAUAUGGAAGUUGCGACUUCAUCUUGCUCUGGAGAUGGCGGUCGCCUAAAGAAGAAGACACUGAGGGCAAGCCUUGAAUUCAGGAAAUACGUGGAGCUUCAUGAGAUCUGCCGUGAUUGCUACUGUAUAUCUCCAAGAUACACAGUACUGCCUUCAAUAACAGAUGGAACGUACACCGCCAGUGUACGUCUUAGAUGCCCUGAUGUUAAGAUGACCAUCUAUGGUUGUCCUCGCAAGACCCCACUCGAGGCGAGGUGCUCUGCAGCUGCCAAUAUGAUACAGGAGCUUUGCAAGGCGUAGGAAACAGGAGAGCAGGAUACCUGAUGGGAGUUGGGGACUACCAGAAGGUGAAGCCUGGAAAUGCGUUCUGUUCUAUGAGUUUGUAUUUUGUUGCGUUGCCCACAUGUGUGUCAGCCAUGUGCUCAACGAAUUAUCAUUAUUUUGUUAUGUUUCCGUUUUGUUUGGAAACUUUGUAUUCAAACUUUG